CUUACCUGUACGUCUACCGCGACCAGCUUAGACAUUGUAAAUACUAGCAUGGAAAAAGAAAAAUGGGAGAACCAAGAGGCAGAAAGCGACGAUGAUUCAGAGAAUGACCUUGAUUACCAGCCAGAUCCCGAAGACGAAGAAGAAUCGGAUCACGAGAGCCAGUCAGCGCACUCUGAAGACGAAGAAGCUGAGACUACGACAUCAAAGAAGCGAAAACGGCCCACUGAAGUGGUGUCUAGCCUUCCGCAAGCAGUUGCGACAGAUGAUGCUGAAAGAGAGAGGAAGAGACGUAUUGAUGCUAUUUGGGCUGAAAUGAAUUCUCCUUCUACUGUCGAAAAAUCCACCAAGCAGCCACUGGAUGAUAUUUCUUCGUCCAUGAAUCGUCCUAGUGACGCUGCUAAUCAAGCAGAUUCCAAAAACGCCAGCAAAAUUCCCACACCUGUGUCGUCCGGGGCAUCAUCACCAGCUGAUUCAACACCUGCUUUGAAAAAACCAACCAUUGCCCGACCGAAAUCCAAUCUUUCCGCGUUGGUCAGUCAAUACAACAUUAAGACGCCAAAGAUGAAUACUUUGGACAAGAGUAAAUUGGACUGGCAGGGUUAUGUGGAUCGAGAGGGCAUUCGUGACGACCUCAAGUAUAAGAACAAGGAUGGAUACAUGGAAAAGGUUGCUUUCUUGCAGCGUGUGGAUGACCGUCGCAUCCAAGAUCUUAAGGCUGGUCAACGAUCAGCGCCCAAAAAGAAAUAAUUGCAUCUACUUUUUUGUUGUAGUAUUAUUUAGUAUUGACUACUGUACAGCACACUUCCCUUCCAACUCUUUUCACAUCAUGUAUACUAACUCGCCAAAGCCCAAAAUUACAAAAAUAUAUAAACGGGAAAACGUUCACUAC